GGCGAUGCAAGGAUGGCCAAGUCCUCCCGCUGUUCCGGCCGGUCCUCCAUCCAGCCUUUCCCCCAACUAACUACUUCACCAGCCCCAUCUGCCGGAAACAUCUCAUCGGCUCAGAUCUACAUCAACUCAUGAGGCCAGAAACCGAAUCGUCGGGUUACUGAACCGAUUCUUCAAGCUCCAAGGACUCCGACAUCCUUCAAAAUGCCUCGCGAUGAGGAGGAUGCAAUUCUUUCACUCGGUGGAUUCGCCCUCGAAGGUCUUCUGACCGAUUUGGAUGCCGAUGCUGUUUCAGGUCUACGUGCUCAACUCGGUCUAAGCUCCGCUAAUAUCGGCUACGGACGUGAAGAUCUAUACAAUGGCAAAUUUGCUGAUGAUGAUACCGGCAUCCCUGCAGAUUAUGGAGAAAACGCUUCACAAGAUAGACGUGGCAGGCUCCUGAGCGACUCAUCCUUGAAAAAAGAUUGGGAAGAUGAAGUUGACAAAGAAUUUCAGGAGGAACUCGAAAGACGGCCAUCGACGAUCGGCAAAGUGCGUGGCGAGACGGAUGAUUAUGAUGAAGAAGAGGAUAUCGACGAAGACGAAAGCCUUGCAGCUGAUAGCCCACAAGUUUUCAGGCCGAAAAAGCAUUCACAGCAACUCCAACUAUCUCAUCGUUACUCAUCAUCCGGCUCCACCCCAUCCUCCGCCUUCCAGAUCCCAAGCUCACCAACUGUGGUCGGACUAGAGAAGAAUGAACCUGAACCUGCCAACGUCCAUGACCUCUUCCCAACCUUCGUCGAAGGUGGCAUACUUCAAUUCACCGAUUUGUUCGCUACUGUACCCAGAAAACGUCAAAAAGUCACCGGUGGUUAUGUCGAUGUAAAUCUCCCUGAAACCUUACCACCUGCAAUGUCCACCUCCUACCUCUUAGAAAAACCCACUCUCAAUUUGUCUCAGCGGUCUCCUGAUCAAAGCAAGCUGCCAAGGAUGCUACAAGAAUCAUAUCAAGAACUGCUAGCUACGUUACCUCCAGUCAAAGAAGAGUCUAAUUUCCAAUCGAAGAUACCUUCAAGGCCCCUCGUUGAAGAGACAUCCCUCGAACAACUUCUAGCUCAGCAGGCAUCCAAAUGCGCGACCCCUUGGAGAAUUCCGCAUGACGAUCGCGGAUGGCAAGCUCUUUCAAUGCAAGAUUGGGAAAGUGAUAUUAUUUGGAAGCCACAACCAUCACCAAAUCCUCUGUCGCAACCUAUUGAUACACUCACCAGACUAUCACGACCACGUAAUCCCGAAGUAGAGGAAGGUGAUUGGCUCGAUUGCAUAAUUUAUGAUGCCAAGAAUCGCCCUUGGAAGGAUUUUACCACUCUGCAUGUCGUUGAAGAAGACGCUAGAUCGUUAUCCAACAAUCAAGCACAGGGCGUGGAAAUUGAGAAAGAAGUUGUUAAGAGCAAGGCACCUAUCGCUCGUACUUCCAGCACACUGAACCGAGAUAGCAAGCAACAAACAUUAGAUCCAUUCAACUUAUCAAAUGACCGAUUUUAUGAAGUGUCUAAAGAGCAUCGUCGGCGUGUCAGACAAACCUUUGGUAAUUUGGAAGUCCAACAUUCUUACCCGGCUAUGAAGUUACAGCUCCCGUUGUACAAGACACGUCUUACGAAGCACGAGGCUCGAUCUUUCCACAGACCGGCCCUCCAAAACACGGCUCCAGCCGCAGAACUGCUAAAAAACACAACCGACUUGACACUAAAAGAUACCGGACCUUUCAUGCUUUUUGAGUAUUCUGAAGAAGCUCCUCCUGUAAUUUCUAAUGUUGGCAUGGGUAGUAUUUUGGUGAAUUACUAUCGAAAGCAGAAUGAGCUGGAUGAUCAUAUACCAAACGAUGAUAUCGGGGAACCCUUUGUGUUAGACGUAGCCGAUGAGUCGCCCUUCAUGAAGUUCGGAAGCAUCCGACCAGGGGAAACCGUGCCCACACUCUACAAUAAUCUCGUUCGUGCACCUCUCUUCAAACAUACACCUAGCUCGAAUGAAUUUCUGGUCAUCAGAAAUACGACUGAAACUGAGACGAACUACUACAUCCGACCAAUAGACCAUCUGUAUGUUGUUGGUCAGACAUAUCCAGUCGUCGAAGUCCCCGGACCGCACUCUCGCAAAACCACAACUCAAUUAAAACAUCGGCUGCAGACGAUUGCCUUCAAAUUAUGUUCCAAAUCGGAGGAUGGUCGGAUAAGGAUUGGUAAAGUGAUGAAGUAUUUCAAUGACCAGAAUGAGAUGCAAAUGCGCCAGCGUUUGAAAGAAUUUAUGGAGUACACAAGAAAAGGUCUCAAUCAAGGAUUUUGGACCAUUCGACCUGGUUUGAAAGUGCCCGACAAAGAAGAAAUAUUCAAAUUGGUGACUCCAGAGGGAGUUUGCUUGGCUGAAAGUAUGCAAGUUGGUCAGCGGCAGCUAUUGGAUGCGGGAUAUGGAAAAGAUGCCGACAUCGAAGGUGAUGGAGAUGACCAGA